CUCUGAAUGGUGAAGAGCAUAAAAAGGUUUUUAUGAAUAUUUAUAUGGAUAUUUACAUGGACAUUCAUAUGGAUAGUUCAAUUGUCCUAAGAGAAUUGGACUCGGUUCCCUACGGUUUGGACCUCUUGGUUCAGAUCAGACCACCAGUUAGUAGGGCACUGCCACAGCCGGAGAAGCUGCAGACAAACAACGUUGGGAAGAAAAAGAGGCCGAUAGAGGACCUAAUUUUGGAGCUGGUGUUUGGGUACCGAGGCAAGGACUGCCGAAACAACGUGCACUAUUUGAACGAUGGUGCUGAUGUCAUCUAUCACACCGCCUCCAUCGGGAUCUUGUACAACGUGGCCACAGGCUCUCAGUCCUUUUACCAGGAACACAACGACGAUAUUCUGUGCCUCACUGUAAAUCAGCACCCCAAGUUUACCAACAUAGUGGCAACUGGCCAAGUAGGAGACUCAGCAGAUAUGUCAGCUACAGCUCCCUCCAUUCACGUGUGGGAUGCGAUGAACAAGCAGACGCUGUCGGUCCUGCGGUGCUACCAUUCCAAGGGCGUUUGCUCCGUCAGCUUCAGUGCCACUGGCAAACUGCUGCUCUCCGUGGGGCUGGAUCCCGAGCACACCAUUACCAUCUGGAAGUGGCAGGAAGGUGCCAAAAUUGCCAGCCGAGCUGGUCACAACCAGCGUAUAUUUGUAGCAGAGUUCAGACCAGAUUCGGACACCCAGUUUGUUUCUGUGGGAGUCAAGCACGUGCGGUUCUGGACCCUGGCUGGAAGAGCUCUUCUCAGUAAAAAAGGGCUGCUCAGCUCCAUAGAAGAUGCCCGGAUGCAGACGAUGCUGUCUGUAGCUUUUGGAGCGAAUAACUUGACGUUUACAGGUACUAUCAGUGGAGAUGUUUGUGUCUGGAAAGAUCACGUCUUGAUACGAAUUGUGGCCAAAGCUCACAACGGGCCUGUUUUCACAAUGUACACCACGUUAAGAGAUGGUUUGAUCGUCACAGGAGGCAAAGAGAGGCCCUCCAAGGAAGGAGGAGCAGUGAAGCUGUGGGACCAAGAGCUGAAGCGCUGCCGUGCCUUCCGCCUGGAGACGGGACAGAUGACGGACUGCGUGCGCUCCGUUUGCAGGGGCAAG